UAAACCAACAGAAAACGGCAACGUCAUUUACUAACGAUCGUCGCCUCUUCUCGAAUAGUUCGCGUUUUAUAUCUAAUUUGUUAAGAACCGGUCCGUUUUCGUUGCCCAACGUUCAUAUUUCAUAUUUACCAGACAACCAACGAUGGCAGAAGGAAAAGGUCCCGAUGAUUUGGCAACUGCAAUUUUACGUAAAAAGGAUCGUCCAUACAGACUCUUAGUUGAAGAAGCAAUCAACGAUGAUAAUUCAGUCGUAUCUCUCUCUCAGGCUAAAAUGGAUGAGUUGCAACUUUUUAGAGGGGACACCGUCCUUCUUAAAGGCAAACGUAGAAAAGAAACGGUUUGUAUUGUUCUCUCGGACGAUACAUGCCCCAAUGAAAAGAUCCGGAUGAAUCGCAUCGUCAGGAAUAACUUGAGAGUUCGAUUAUCGGACAUUGUCUCUGUUCAACCAUGUCCAGAAGUUCGAUAUGGUAAAAGAAUUCACGUUUUACCCAUAGAUGAUACUGUCGAAGGUCUUGUCGGGAAUUUAUUUGAUGUCUACUUAAAACCAUACUUUUUGGAGGCCUAUCGUCCAAUUCAUAAAGAAGACAUUUUCGUCGUUCGCGGUGGUAUGAGAGCUGUUGAGUUCAAAGUUGUGGAAACUGAACCAUCUCCAUAUUGCAUUGUAGCUCCAGAUACUGUUAUUCAUUGUGAUGGAGAGGCAAUUAAACGAGAGGAAGAAGAAGAAAUGCUUAAUGCCGUUGGUUAUGAUGAUAUCGGAGGUUGUAGAAAACAACUGGCUCAAAUUAAAGAAAUGGUUGAAUUGCCAUUACGUCAUCCAUCUCUAUUUAAAGCGAUUGGUGUAAAACCACCGCGCGGUAUUCUUCUUUAUGGCCCUCCAGGUACCGGAAAAACUUUAAUCGCUCGAGCUGUCGCGAAUGAAACCGGAGCAUUCUUCUUUUUAAUAAACGGUCCAGAAAUUAUGAGUAAAUUGGCCGGCGAGAGUGAAAGUAAUUUGAGAAAAGCUUUUGAAGAGGCGGAUAAAAAUUCACCUGCUAUCAUUUUUAUCGACGAAUUAGACGCCAUUGCUCCGAAACGUGAAAAGACGCAUGGAGAGGUAGAGCGUAGGAUUGUUUCUCAAUUGCUGACUCUUAUGGAUGGUAUGAAGAAAAGUUCGCACGUUAUUGUGAUGGCUGCUACGAACAGACCAAAUUCCAUCGAUCCGGCUUUACGGCGUUUUGGACGUUUCGACAGGGAAAUUGAUAUUGGGAUUCCGGAUGCAACUGGUAGACUAGAAGUGUUGCGUAUUCAUACGAAAAAUAUGAAACUAGCUGAUGAUGUCGAUUUGGAACAAAUAGCUGCUGAAACUCACGGCCAUGUUGGCGCUGACUUGGCUUCAUUGUGCUCUGAAGCUGCGUUACAACAAAUCCGAGAAAAGAUGGAUUUGAUAGAUUUGGAAGAUGAUCAAAUUGAUGCUGAAGUUUUAUCGUCACUUGCUGUUACAAUGGAUAACUUCCGAUAUGCAAUGUCUAAGAGUAGUCCUAGCGCUUUACGUGAAACUGUGGUUGAAGUGCCGAAUGUUUCAUGGGAAGAUAUUGGUGGAUUAGAAAAUGUUAAGAAGGAAUUGCAAGAACUGGUUCAGUAUCCAGUUGAACAUCCAGAUAAAUUUUUGAAGUUUGGUAUGCAACCAUCUCGUGGUGUGCUGUUUUAUGGACCUCCGGGAUGUGGUAAAACUUUAUUGGCUAAAGCGAUUGCAAAUGAAUGCCAGGCGAACUUUAUCUCCGUAAAAGGACCGGAAUUACUUACCAUGUGGUUUGGUGAAUCAGAAGCUAAUGUCAGAGACAUUUUUGAUAAAGCUCGUUCUGCGUCACCUUGCGUUCUAUUCUUCGACGAAUUGGAUUCAAUUGCUAAAUCGAGAGGAGGCAAUGUCGGAGACGCUGGAGGCGCGGCAGACAGAGUAAUUAACCAGAUUUUAACUGAAAUGGACGGUAUGGGAGCAAAGAAAAACGUGUUUAUUAUUGGAGCAACAAACAGGCCAGAUAUUAUAGAUCCAGCUAUUCUUCGUCCAGGACGUUUGGACCAAUUGAUUUACAUCCCAUUGCCUGAUGAAAAAUCGCGUGAAGCUAUCUUCCGCGCCGCUCUUCGCAAAUCUCCAAUUGCAAAGGAUGUUGAUUUGAACUACAUUGCAAAAGUUACACAUGGAUUCUCCGGCGCAGACGUUACAGAAAUUUGCCAACGUGCCUGCAAAUUAGCCAUUCGUCAAAGUAUUGAAUCUGAAAUACGCAGGGAAAGAGAACGUGCAGCCAAUCCAAAUGCUGCCAUGGAUCUUGAUGAAGACGAUCCUGUACCAGAAAUAACCAAAGCUCAUUUUGAGGAGGCGAUGCGUUACGCACGAAGAUCAGUGUCAGACAACGAUAUAAGGAAGUAUGAGAUGUUUGCGCAAACUUUACAACAAAGCCGCGGGUUCGGCACGAACUUCCGUUUCCCGAACGCGGGUGGUACCGCAGCAGCCCCAGGAGGCACUGGAGGUGACCAAGGUAACUUCCAUGACGAUCCCGAUGAUGACUUAUACAGUUAAGUGCGAGGCGAAGUCCCAGAGACGACCGUGUCUUUACCGUAUUUAUUAGUUUAAUUCAUUUUUCAAACAAUCAGUUCAGGUCAAUCUAGGUAUGUUACUUUUCGUUCAAAGUGAUAAAAGAAGUGAAAAAAAUAAUAAAAGGAUUAAAAAGGUUUUUUUUGUCAAGAAUUUGUUUUAUUGUAGUUUCCUAAAUGUCUUAAUUCCUGUUAUUAAUAUUAAUGUGUUGAGAAAGAUAUUACAGUUGUGGCAAUAAAAUAACGAUCUGAUUUUGAAA